CACCAAAACCGCAACCAUGUGCGACCGGAAGGCGGUGAUCAAAAAUGCAGACAUGUCGGAAGAGAUGCAACAGGACUCGGUGGAGUGCGCUACUCAGGCGUUGGAGAAGUACAACAUAGAAAAGGAUAUUGCGGCCCAUAUCAAGAAGGAGUUUGACAAGAAGUACAACCCCACCUGGCACUGCAUUGUGGGUCGGAACUUCGGUAGUUAUGUGACACAUGAAACCAAACACUUCAUCUACUUCUACCUGGGCCAGGUGGCCAUUCUUCUGUUCAAAUCUGGUUAAAAGCAUGGACUGUGCCAAACACCCAGUGAUCCAUCCAAAAACAAGGACUGCAUCCUAAAUUCCAAACACCAGAGACUGACUCUUCAGCCUUGCUAAGGGAACACCUCGUUCGAAUCUGUUGUGUUUUGUACAGGGCAUCAUCCUCUGUACCAGUUUGUGGUUAUAAAAUAAUUAGUAAAACA